UAUUACGGUCUCGUAGCCGUUAACGCCGCACGGACACGCCACUCACGACUCACCGUCACUACCAUCAACGGCGGCGUGCACCAACUGAGUAAAAGUCAAGAUGGCGACCGAGGGUCAGUCCGAGUACGAGUCGGUCCUCUGUGUCAAACCUGAAGUCAACGUUUACCGAAUCCCACCGAGAGCAUCCAACCGGGCUAUCAGGGCUGCUGAUUGGAAGCUGGAUGCUCCAGAUUGGACGGGACGCAUGCGUGUCGUUGCCCGGGGCAAACUGGCCUUCGUGAAAUUAGAAGACAAAAUCUCUGGGGAGCUAUUUGCCCAAGCCCCAGUGGACGAGUACCCUGGCCUCACAGUGGAAACAGUUAGUGAUUCAAGCCGUUACUUUGUGCUCCGCAUCCAGGAUGACAAUGGCCGAAGUGCGUUCAUAGGAAUCGGGUUUGGAGACCGAGGCGAUGCCUUCGACUUCAACGUUGCACUUCAGGACCACUUCAAGUGGGUGAAACAGGAAGAUGAAUUUAAGAAACAGGCGCAGACUCCAGACACCACCCCUAAACUGGACCUAGGCUUCAAAGAAGGACAAACCAUUACUCUCAAUAUUGGGCAAUCAAAAAAGAGGGACAGGUCUCGCCCGCAAAGUUCUGGUGGCUUUGGGCUUCUUCUUCCUCCUCCUCCUGGGGGCAAGUUAGCCCCACCUCCUUCAUCCCGAUCUACCAAUCAUAACACGGAACCAUCUGCAGAAGGAAGUGACGCUGGUUGUUUGCUAGACCUGGACACCAGUAACUCCAACUCAACGGCUCCAUCCGACGCCACCACCACAGCCAGCUCUGACCUGUGGGGAGACUUUGACUCUGUAUCCCCAAACUGAGGAGGGAUACGUUUAGUCUUAGUCUCUCUUAUCUCUCUGUAAAUUUAUGCUGCACUUUUUGCAACUUUUGUUUUCCCCUAUUAUGGGGUCCCGUAACUCUCCCUGCCAAGCAGGGUAACCCCCUGUACUAGUUUAUUUUGUUUUUGCUCUUUAGCCAGAGAGACGACCAGACCUCUCAGUCCAGUCUUAAUUAGAAAGAUUUAGAAACUCUAGGCUGAGGAUCCUCUUCCCACUCUCCUUCUGUAUAUGUCUACCUAUUCUGCUUUGCCCGUUUUCUCCUCCUCAAUGUUUAAUUUGCUGAUUUCUAUCGUAGAGUAUACAUAAUGAUGAUCAAGGGAGACAUAAUCAGAAACAUCUGAUGAUGAAAUCUAAUAACGAAUGAAUUUUCUGUACAGAGAAUAUUUAUUUUAAAUGUAUAUAUUGUCGGUAGUCUGUAAUUAUUGUCAUUGGUGUUGUAUGUUCUGUAGCUUAUUUUAUCUCCAAGUCCCCAGCAGUGGGACUGACUAUAUGCACUGACUGGCAGUCUACUCUGUCUAUGUAGUUAGUAAUGCAUAAAGUCUGCAUUUAAUAACGCAGGGAUUGUUUAAUUCGUAGACCUAGGUUACGGGGAAGUUUACCACACAAUGAGUUUACUUGAAAGAAGCUGAUUUACAGACGAGUUGUGCUCCCUAGCGCUCUCUAGUGGCUUUACAGCAGUCAGUUUGAGAGGAGAUGUCAAAUUGAGGUGCAGCUGUUGAUCACAUAUUUCACUGGGGAUGGGUCCUUGGCACUGUGUGCAUUGUUUAAACUGUAAAGCAAACAGACAGGGGAAGUAGGAAUGUUUGAUGUGAUAGGGUGUUAGCGAGAGAAAGAGAGGCAUCAAGUGCUUUUAUCUUUGCUUCAAGGGGAAACCAAGAUGAUUUAGUCCAUGUUAUGUCAUCUCUACUCAGCCCAGCUGUUAAAGCUGCGACUGGUGAGUCAUUAAGUUCACAACCUCUCUUUUCCUCAAUGAAUAGGUCUGUGUUUCUGCACUGUUCCGUCAGUCCGGGGAGAGCUUCAUCUCCUUAAUUCUUUAUAAGAAGGUGCUCGCAGACCUCAAACACAGCAUGUUGUACUGUACAAACUCAGUUUGAACUUGAAUUCCCUGUUAAGAUGUAAUGUUGUUAAUGGUAUUCUGAUGCAGACGAGUGCAGCGUGGGACCAAGCUAGUCUGUGUUUGAUGCAGUGUUUUGUUGUGAUAUUGUCUUGUACAGACAGAGACGGAUUAUGUUGCACUCAUACCACAUGCACGCGUGUUGUGACAGAUGACAAGUGACAAGUGGUGUGAUGAUGGGUGGAUGAACAAACAGACAUUGUGUGAGUGUAAAGCCCUAAACAAUGUUUGUCAGUGUCGGUUUACUGUUUCAAUUAUAUGCAUCUCUCCCAAAUGUUACUUGUUACUUCAAACUGUAUAUGUAUAUGGAUAUGUAUAUGCAAAGAAAAACAUAAAGAUAUCACUCAGUGAC